AUGAAGGGGGAGAACGUCACCAAGGUCAGUGCAUUCAUCCUGCUGGGCUUCCCCACAGGCCCCGGGCUUCAGUACGCGCUCUUCCUCCUCUUCCUGCUCACCUACCUCUUUGUGCUGGUGGAGAACCUGACCAUCAUCCUCACUGUCUGGAGCAGUGCCUCCCUACACAGGCCCAUGUACUACUUCCUGGGCAUUAUGUCAACUUUGGAGAUCUGGUAUGUGUGUGACAUCAUCCCCAAGAUGCUGGACGGCUUCCUCCUGCAGCGCAAACGCAUCUCGUUCAUCGGGUGCAUGACUCAGCUCUACUUCUUCAGCUCCCUGGUGUGCACUGAGUGUGUGCUCCUGGCCUCCAUGGCCUACGACCGCUACGUGGCCAUCUGCCACCCCCUACGCUACCAAGUCAUCAUGACCACAGGACUGUGUGUCCAGCUCGUGGCCUUCUCUUUUGCAAGUGGCUUCACCAUCUCUAUGAUCAAGGUCUACUUCAUUUCCAGUGCCACGUUCUGUGGCUCCAAUGUCUUGAACCACUUCUUCUGUGACAUCUCCCCCAUCCUCAAGCUGGCCUGCACCGACUUCUCUACUGCAGAGCUGGUGGACUUCAUCUUGGCCUUCCUCAUCCUGGUGUUCCCGCUCCUGGCCACUGUUCUGUCCUAUGGACACAUCACGCUGGCCGUGCUGCGCAUCCCUUCUGCCACGGGCCGCUGGAGAGCCUUCUCCACCUGUGCCUCCCACCUCACUGUCGUCACCAUCUUCUAUACGGCCUUGCUUUUCAUGUAUGUGCGGCCUCAGGCCAUUGACACCCGGAGUUCCAACAAGCUCAUCUCUGUUCUGUACACUGUCCUCACGCCCAUCUUGAACCCCCUGAUCUACUGCCUGAGGAACGCGGAGUUUAAAGAUGCCUUGAGAAAGGCCAUGGGCUUGAGUGGAGCCCUGUCAUAG